AUGUUAAAAGACGAACAGGUAAUUACGCCCUCAUUAUCUGGGAUAACUGCUAUUCGUAAUGAUGGAGAUUAUGCUAGUUUCAUUUUUUAUGCUUAUGGAGCCAAUAGUUUAAUUUCCCUAUAUGUGGACCAUGAUGGUCAAGGAAUAGAGGACUGGUUUGGCUCUGAGAUAGAAGAUGAAGAAGAUGGUGAUGAUUCAUGCAUUAAUGGUGGUAAAAAUGAAGAUGAAAUUGAUAACCUUAGAGAUGUGGAAGUGGACUUUAAUGAUGAUGUGGUCAUUAUGAAUAAAACAAAGGGUGAUGAGUUUCUGUCUAAAUUAUGUGGUGAAGAGGAAGAAGGAAAUGAUAACAACAUAGGUGAUAAUGCUGAUGGGGGUGAAGAGGAGGCAAAUGGUGGUGUUGAAGUCAAUGAAGGUGAUGUAGUGAAUGAGGGAGAUAAAGCAGUCAGUGAGGGUGGACAAGCAGUCAAUGAGGGUGGAGACAAUGUCAAUGUUACUGAGAUGCAUGUGCAACAAGACUAUGAUGAGGUGGAACUCACUACUUUGGAGUUUGAUGAAUCAGGAAAUGGAGAACCUAUUGAGGUUCAUGUGCAACAACAGGAGGUUAUGGAAAGACCAAUUGCAACCCUUUUGAAGAAAAUCGGAAGGAAGAAAUCUGAAAGGUUUAUCAAGCUAAAGCUGGGCAAGAGAGUUGGUGGUGAAGAUGCAUCUGGGAGUUCAAUAUCUAAAGCUCUUACUCUAGAUUAA